AUUUUUGACUUUCAGACUGAUACACAGAUUCAGAUGUGCACUUCCAGUUUCAGCCUUAAUUAGUAAACCGAUUACUCAUUGCCAGCUAUAGAGAUCUAUACCGACAACAAUCGGUCAAAAGAAAGAACUGCUUUCGGAUCUCAUUCCAAUUUCCAACUGGCCACCGCUCAGGUCGGAACACCGCCCAAUCCGGUUUAAUGGUCCCCGGCCAAUGGAUCCCGUGACCGCCUGCGGAAACGGAGCUCUGCCCUUCCGGACCCCCCGGCGAUUCCCGUAACCAGGGGCGCCGCCUGUCUAGCCGCCCCUCGCCCACCGGUAGCCUUACCCUCCUCCGCCACGAAUCCCGUCGCCCAAAUUAUAAAUAGAAGGCGUUAAAGAAGGUAGGCCGCGUACCAUCCACCUCCUCCUCUCCUUCUAUUUCACUCCCCUCCGCCCUUCCAUCCCCACCUCCCUCUGCCCCUCUCCUCAAAACCCUAAUAAUUUCUGCCCCCAAACCUUGGACCUUAGAUCCCAAUCCUCCACAUUCUCUCCAAAGGACCAUUUACUAGGAAUCCGUCAUGGGCUCGGAGAUCCCUCCCUCCUCUGCCGCCGGCACGGAUCUCGCCGGCGAAGGGCCGCGGCCGUUCAAGAUCUUCAUAGGGUACGACCCCCGGGAGGACGCGGCCUUCGAUGUGUGCCGCCAGUCCCUCCUGAAGCGCUCGUCGGUGCCGCUCGAGAUCCACCCCAUCAAGCAGUCGGAGCUCCGCGCCGCCGGGAUCUUCUGGCGCGAGCGCGGCCCCACCGAGAGCACCGAGUUCUCUUUCACCCGCUUUCUCACCCCCUACCUCGCCGGCUUCCAGGGGUGGGCCAUGUUCGUCGACUGCGACUUCCUCUACCUCGCCGACAUUAAGGAAUUGAUCUCCCUGAUCGACGACAGGUAUGCGAUCAUGUGCGUCCAUCACGAGUACGCCCCCAAGGAGACCACCAAGAUGGACGGCGCCGUCCAGACGGUGUACCCGCGCAAGAACUGGUCCUCCAUGGUACUCUACAACUGCGGCCACCCCAAGAACCGGGAGGCGCUUACCCCCGAGGCCGUCAGCACCCAGACCGGCGCCUUCCUCCACCGCUUCGUCUGGCUGGAGGACGCCGAGAUCGGCGAGGUCCCCUUCGUCUGGAACUUCCUCGUCGGCCACAACAAGGUCGAUCCCGACGACCCCGCCACUUUCCCCAAGGCCAUCCAUUACACCAUGGGCGGGCCGUGGUUCGAGAAGUACAAGGAUUGCGAGUUCGCCGAUCUCUGGCUCAAGGAGCUCGAGGACGCGAACAAGGAGAAGAAAUUGGCCGAUGUCUAGGUGAUGAUGAUAAGAUUGGAUCUGGAUGGCUAGUAACGUUAUGAUUCCUACUAAUUAGUAUAAUCUAUUAUUCUUUUUGUUGUGAUUUGUUUUCAAAUGCAAGGUUGUUUUCUACAUCACUAUAUGGUAACAGAUCGAUCAUGAUUUCUGUUCUCUAAUACUGUAGUGAAAUGCAAUUUUUUUCCCUUGUAUUUA